AGGGCGAGGGGACCUGGCUACCGAUCGUACGGGCGUCGGGCUGCGCCCUUGCUCUCGAGGCCGGCGUCACGGUGCUUUCCGGCUGCCGUCAAGCGCGGCAGUGGGCCGGCGGGCGGGGGCCGAGAGGCUGCCAUGGCGGCGGCGGGCCGGCUGCCGGGCUCCUCCUGGGUGUUGCUGGCGCUGCUGCUCUGGGGGCUCGCGCUGCUGGGAGUCGGGCCGGCCCCGGCGCGGGCGCUGCACAACGUCACGGCCGAGCUCUUUGGGGCCGAGGCCUGGGGCACCCUGGCGGCCUUCGGAGACCUCAACUCUGACAAGCAGACGGACCUCUUCGUCCUGCGGGAAAGAAAUGAUUUAAUCGUCUUUUUGGCAGACCAGAACGCACCCUAUUUUAAACCCAAAGUAGAAGUAUCCUUGAAGAAUCACAGUACAUUGAUAACAAGCGUAGUCCCGGGGGAUUAUGAUGGAGAUUCACAAAUGGAUGUCCUUCUGACAUAUCUUCCCAAAAAUCAUGCCAGCGGUGAAUUAGGAGCUGUUAUCUGCUGGGGACAAAAUCAAACAUUAGAUCCUAGCAAUAUGACUGUACUCAAUAGGACUUUUCAAGAUGAACCACUAAUUAUGGACUUCAAUGGUGAUUUAAUUCCUGAUAUAUUUGGUAUCACAAAUGAAUCCAACCAGCCACAGAUACUGUUAGGAGGGAAUUUAACAUGGCAUCCUGCCUUGACCACUAAGAGUAAAAUGCGAAUUCCACAUUCUCAUGCAUUCAUUGAUCUGACUGAAGAUUUUACAGCAGAUUUAUUCCUCACGACAUUGUCUGCCUCUGGUACCUUCCAGUUUGAGAUAUGGGAAAAUUUGGAUGGAAAUUUCUCUCUCAGUACCAUAUUUGAAAAACCUCAAAAUAUGGUGGUGGUUGGACAGUCAGCAUUUGCAGACUUUGAUGGAGACGGACACAUGGAUCACUUACUGCCAGGCUGUGAAGAUAAAAACUGCCAGAAGAGUACCAUUUACUUAUCAAGAUCCAGAACAAAGCAGUGGGUUCCUGUCCUACAGGAUUUCAGCAAUAAGGGCACACUCUGGGGCUUUGUGCCAUUUGUACAUGAACAACGACCAACUGAAAUACCAAUUCCAAUUACCCUUCGUAUUGGAGACUACAACAUGGAUGGCUAUCCAGAUGCUCUUGCCAUACUGAAGAAUACAUCUGGAAGCAAUCAGCAGGCCUUUUUACUGGAAAAUGUCCCUUGUAAUAAUGCAAGCUGUGAGGGGGCGCGUCGUAUGUUUAAAGUCUACUGGGAGCUGACGGACCUAAAUCAAAUCAGAGAUGCCGUCGUCGCCACCUUCUUUGACAUUUACGAAGAUGGAAUCUUGGACAUUGUCGUACUAAGUAAAGGAUAUACAAAGAAUGAUUUUGCCAUCCAUACACUAAAAAAUAACUUUGAAGCAGAUGCUUAUUUUGUUAAAGUCAUUGUUCUUAGUGGUUUCUGUUCUAAUGACUGCCCUCGUAAGAUAACACCCUUUGGAGUAAAUCAGCCUGGACCUUACAUCAUGUAUACAACUGUAGAUGCAAAUGGAUAUCUGAAAAAUGGUUCUGCUGGACAACUCAGCCAGUCAGCACAUUUAGCUCUCCAACUGCCAUACAAUGUACUUGGUUUAGGUCGAAGUGCAAAUUUUCUUGAUCAUCUUUAUGUUGGUAUUCCUCGCCCAUCUGGAGAGAAGUCUAUACGAAAACAGGAAUGGACUGCAAUCAUUCCAAAUUCUCAGCUAAUUGUCAUUCCAUAUCCUCACAGUGUUCCUCGAAGCUGGAGCGCCAAGCUGUACCUUACACCAAGCAACAUCGUCCUGCUUACUGCCAUCGCGCUCAUCGGUGUCUGUGUUUUCAUCUUGGCAAUAAUUGGCAUUUUACACUGGCAGGAAAAGAAAGCAGAUGAUAGAGAAAAGCGACAAGAAGCCCAUCGAUUUCACUUUGAUGCUAUGUGACUUGCCUUUAAUAUUGCAUAAUGGAGCAUCUAUUCACUUGAUUAAUUGAAAUACUAAACUUGGCUUAUAGAAGAAAAUAGGGGAUUUCAAAUAUUAUUUAUAAAUGAUGCAUCCCUUGAUAAUUAUUGGAAAGUAUUCAAAUAAAUAUGGUCUGAAUGUGUUACAAGGUCUUUUUUUUAAAGCACUUUGUAUAUAAUAAUUUGGGUUCUUUUUUCAAUUGUGCUGUACAUUUUUGUUCCUUUGUGGAAUGUGUUGCAUGUACUCAGGUGUUUUACGUAUUUAUAAUCUUAUUAGAAUACUGAUGAUGGAAAAGACAUGUGUAAAUAAAAAUACUUAAAUGAACAGGGUUUUUUGUGGUCCACUUGAAUUGGUCUUGCUUCUUAUUCUAAUGCAAAUUAUAGCUUUGUGAAUGUAUCACAGAUAAAGUUGUUAACUCUUCACCUUCAUCAUAGCAGGUGAGGGGCCCCUCACUGCUGGCGUACAAUGUAGUGAUUUGGUACUCUGGCUUUGGAAUCACAGUCAGACUUGCCUUAAACUCCUGGUUACACCACUUACUAGCUGUUUGACCUUGGCUAAUUACUUAACCUUUGUAAGCCUCAGUUUUCUUAUUUAUAAACAGGGCUAAUGUUACUACUUUCUUGAGUUACUGUAUACAUUAAAUGGAGUGAUGUAUGGAAAGUACCUAGCUUGGUGCCUGGCACAGGGUAAGUGUUCAGUAAGUGUCAGUGACCAUUACUACUAUUUUUUAAUCUUUUUACAGACUUCUACAGUUAAUUAUCAAAAUGUAUAGACUUGAUAGAAUUUUAUUUUCAGGUAUAAGGAAAUCACAGUCUUUGGAAAAUCUAAAUUCUUGAUGGUUGCCACCCUAUAUAAAGAUUUAUUUUAAAAAAAAGAUUUAUUAUUUGCUUAUAUUAACUAAAAAAAUGUAUCAAUAUACCCUCCAAGAAUUGAUGUGCCCUAAUAAUUUUCAUUUGAACACUGAUCUUUAUCAUGUGAUAAUGAAGAGCAUUUGAUUUCUUGAAAGGAAACUGCUGUAGAUAGUAUCUGAGAAUGCAAAUCUUCAAUCACAUUUCUAUUCUCAAAAGCUUUUAAGAGUCCAUAAUUUACAUUCAGACUUCAGUGCAAAUUUUUUGAACUUCACUUCGCCAAAAAGUUACUUUAGGACUUACAUGUAAGAUUGGGAAAAAACUGUAUCAGUGUUAAUAAUUUUCUAAUAUGUAAUAGACAUGUGAUGGCUAUAAAACAAAAAUUUAUCUGAAAACAACUAAUUUCCUUCUUCAUGUUAUUUUUUCCUUCACAGUUCACUGAGAAUGGCAUGUGUACAAAUGGUGUACUUUGUGUAUCUAAGCAUGUUAAUAUGUCUUCUUAAUAAACAUUCUGUAUUGAAACAAA